AUGAUCUUUCAUUCAAUUCUCUUGUUUGGGCUCUUCCGUGCAGCCUGGAGUGCACACCUACAGGAUCCAGGCUUUGAUAAAUCGUUCCAAAGCCCCCCUGCAGAAUCUCGUCCAAAGUUUCGUUACUGGAUUCCUGACGCUAGUGUAUCUAUUCAGAGUGUCCGGCGCGAUGUCUCCGAUUUAGCUGCCGUUGGUUCUGGUGGACUCGAGCUAGUUCCCUUCUACUUUUACGGCAAUCCAAGCGACUCACACACACCUACGGACUGGACAAAGUUUGGAUUUGGCAUGAAGCCUUUUCAGAAUGUUUUUGACCAAACUCUCCAAGCCGCCGUUGAUAAUGAGUUGCUCAUGGAUUUCAGCCUCGGUGCUAGUGAAGGACAGGGAUCACCUGUGAGAGCAGGGACAGAGGGCCUCUCUAUACACCUGCAACUCGGAGUUGAAUCCGUAAAGGCCGGUGCCUCCUUUUCUGCGCCUGUCCCUGGACCACAAGAGCUGACAGGUUCCCUGCGGUCUGGGGGCGGCUUUAUGCAUGGUUUGACCGACCCUGACCGAGGACACUUGAAGGGAGUCAUAGCUGCGAAAGUACAUUCCGAGUCGAUCGUGGAUUUGACCCAUCAUGUGCAGAACGGAGCACUCUCAUGGGAUGCCCCUCCAGGGAAUGGCAUGUGGAGGCUUUUCGCGUUUUGGGAAGGCCACACGAAUCAGUUAUCCUGCUCUAAUGGUGGUAAUGGAACGACGCCUGUCGAAAAAGGAUCUUACGUUGUGGACCAUUUCAGCAAAAGGGGGGCGGAAGUCCACACAGACUUUUUCGAGAAUCAUAUCCUGAACAGUGAGAAUAUUAGGGCGAAUUUGAAGUCAAAUGGGAACUACGCAUGGGAAGAUAGCAUGGAAUUGCUGUUUGUUGUCCCAUGGACACGCGGGUUCUUAGAGCGUUUCCAAUCCACCCAUGGGUAUAGCCUCGUCAAGUAUUUACCCCUCCUCUUUAAUAAGGGGAAUUCAUGGACUGCGGCUUCUUCUCCCUACACAGAGGAAUAUUCCUACGGAAAUUACACCGAGUCUGGGAUGAGCAUCCACAAUGUCAAAUUCCGUGAGACUCUCAGUGAGUGUUAUCGUGACUAUCUCGGAUACCAUACAGCUUGGGCACACUCGUUGGGGAUUGGGUAUUCAGCUCAACCCUCCUACAACCUACCCCUUAGCUUUUUAAAUGAGGUUCCGUCCGUCGAUGCGCCGGAAGGGGAAUCACUUGGAUUUAAGGACAUCAUAGAUGCAUACCGUACACUAUCGGGACCCGCACAGCUGGCCGGAAAAAGUGACAUUUCCUCAGAAUGUGGCGCAGAAUUCAAACCAGCCUACAGUCAAACCAUCCCGGAGCUACUGAGGUCGGUUAAAAGGUCUUAUGCGGGAGGACUAACAAUGAUGGUUUUGCAUGGAAUGGCAUACAGUGGAGCUUAUGCUAAUACAUCGUGGCCGGGCUUUCAGCCAUUUGGCUAUCAAACUACCGACUCCUGGAGCAGAAUUCAGCCGGCAUGGAGGCAUCUUUCAGAUAUCAUUGGGUACAUGGGUAGGACACAACAUGUUCUCAAGAUGGGAAUACCGCGAGUCGAUCUGGCAAUCUUUGAUUCAAGGACCGAGUGGGAGACGUCUGUCAUCUAUGACUCGGACAAUCUUCAACAAAGAGGCUUUACAUACAACUUUGUUGGUCCUGACAAUCUGCAUCUUCCUGCUGCCCAUGUGUCGCAGGGAAUUCUUGCACCAGAUGGACCUGGCUACCAAGCGCUUAUCUUUCCCAAUACCACGCGUAUCAACGACAGGGUUUUGUCAAAGAUCAGAGAAUAUGAUGAAGCUGGUCUCCCUAUCAUCUUUAUCGGAACAUCACAAUAUUCAUUACCACGAGCUCCGAGCCAAGACGAAACUGUAUCAGCGCUCGAUGGUCUGAUCAGGCACGGAAAGAAUAUUCACCACAUAAGGUCCAUCAGUCAGCUACCGGAUAUCUUGUCGCAGCUAAUGAUUGAACCGCGGGUUUCCUUUGUUGCACCUAUAGAAUCGGUUUAUUCAGUACAGCGGGCCGAUCUCAGUACUGGAGGGGAAUAUGUCUGGCUGUUCAAUGACGGAAAUACCUCCUCGACAUUCGUUGCCGAAUUCCAUGUCGAUAAAGGCCUGAAGCCAUUCUUACUGAAUGCAUGGAACGGCGAUAUCACACCGCUUGGAAGGUACCAGUUGACAGACACUGGUAUCCGCAUUCCACUGACUCUCAAUCCCGAUGAGACCAUUAUCAUCGCUUUUACGCAUUCGGAGCUGGAAACGUGCAUCUGGGUAACAGAUGUUACAGGCGCUGUCGAAGAAGUGAAAUACAUGUCUGGGAAACAACUCGUGGCGAACCUAAAAGGCCCGUCCACGAUACUCCUGAACAACGGCACUAGCUACAAAUUCAACGUCACGCCUCCGGGCAAUGUCAAUCUGUCGAGAUGGGACAUCGAAAUUGAAGACUGGCACGGGGACCCCAAUAACACAGCCUCCAUCGAAACCUUGAUAACAUCACACAAAUCUCAAGGCCAAAUCCUACUACCCUGGAAAGACCUCAGAAAGUCACUGGAGAAUGUGAGCGGGGUGGGCACUUACACCACGACCUUCACAGUCCCGGACAUCCCCAACAUAGGGGCAUAUCUCUACGUCGGCCCAAUUCUGAACACGAUGCGUGUCUGGGUUAAUGGUAAUCCUCUGCCUACCUUUCCGGCUGAUAAUGCAAGAACGGAUAUCAGUGGGUUCAUUUCUCGGGGAAAAGAAAAUGAGAUCAAGGUUGAGGUUACUACGACUUUGUAUAAUCGGAUCAGGGCAGAUGCAGACAGUCUCCUUGCUAUUGGACUUCCAUUGUCGAAAAUUGCACCGACUUAUGCAAAUGCUGAGAGGCAAAUCUAUGGGCUUUUGGGGCCUGUGGGCAUUGAUUGGGUGAUCGGCGAGAAAUUAAACUUAGACUAG